UUGAUUUUGAUAAUUUGAAUUUGAAUUUUGUAACUGUAUUCUAUGUUUUUGAAACAGUGAUGUAUUCAAAUAAUAUGUGUUUUGUUUACGUAUUUUUAUUGAAGUAAUUGUAAGGUUCGAAUAUUUUUUAUGGUAAUCGCUUGGGUGCACAAAAUGCACAAUCACCGUUUUAUGUUAAUUUGUGAAGAAGAUUAGAAUAGAAUAAUAAAACACGACACACGAUACACAUUUGCAUCACAUGUUGAUGCUUUCGAUUUAAACAUUUUGUUUUAUUAUUGUUCUAAGUGGAAGUUACUGCCGUAACACAAAUUUUACGUUGCUGCCGCAACAUUUUUUAUUAUUCUAUUGGUUUGAAUAAAUGCCGCCACGCCGAAGCGAGCGCUUGAAGGAAAAGAACAUGUCGUCAUAUGAGGAAAAUGCCGCAGUGGCUUCUCCGGCGGAAAGUGAUGAUGAGAAGACAAUGAUCGAAAUGGACCAACCAUCUGUUGCCGAACUGAAGGAGGAAAUUGUGGCCCUGAAAAACUCCUUACAAAAAUUAUUAGAUGCAUCCAAGUCCUCAAUUUCAUCAGCCUUAUUGACUACAGAGACUCAAUUGCCUGUUGUGACAACUUUAGCGAAUAGUCUGUCAAGUAAUGUGUCUCCAGCCGUAGCAGCCAACAAUUUGCAUUCAACGUUGAAUACCACCAACAUGCCAGCGUCAACAACGCCAAUGCAACAUCAGAAAGUAAAUAUAUGUGAGUACACAAUGCCAUUUCAAUAUAGUUUGCCCCAGCAAUUUACUACCGCGCGUUCGUUUGUUCCUACAACAUCCUCUUUGCCCUAUUCUAGUGCACAAACAUUCGUGCAAACCUCUAUGCCAUAUUAUAACACGCAUUCACAUGUUCCAACGCCCUACACUGUCACACAGAAAUAUACGCCAACAACAACGUCUUUUUCGACCUCAGUAGACAACAUACAACAACGAUUUACACAAAUGUAUACAUCAGCCCCGUCACAUCAACAGACGUACCCACCAGUGACAUCAACAAACCUACCUAUAUAUACUACAGCCGCCCCCUUGAAUAUGACCGAUAUACAAUCUGCCAACGACUGCCGGCAACUUCGUAAGCUUCACGACUUACCGCCUUUUUCUGGCCAACCCGAACAAUGGCCCAUGUUUAUAGUAGCGUACAGGGAAACCACAAUAAAUUAUAAUUAUUCAAACUUGGAAAAUUUAAUACGUUUACAAAAAUCACUCAAAGGUGAUGCUAGAGCCAAAGUGGAAUCAUUUUUGAUUCACCCCGAUACUGUGAACCAGGUGGUCAGUACACUUGAGUUCCAUUAUGGUCGCCCUCAGUUGCUAAUACGCAGCCAGAUUGCAAAGGUGCGAGCCAUCCCCUCAAUUACUGAAAAGAGAAUGUAUGAAAUUGUUAAUUUUAGUACCAUGGUUUCUAAUUUGUCUGCAUUUUUGUUAAAUGCGAACGCCACAGCCCACCUGAGUAAUCCUACACUGCUAGACGAGUUAGUCAACAAGCUUCCGCUUCAGAAACGAGAGGAAUGGACAAAACAUUCAAUUAAUCAUCUUGGGCCGUAUCCCAGUGUACAUGACUUUAGUUUAUGGUUGCAGGAAGUUGCAACAUAUAUUUCGCUUUCUUUGGAAGCAGACCCUGGUAAAUCAGAAGUAAUAUACCAUAAAAAAGAGAAAUCUAAUCCAUCAUUUACGAUUGUGAAUGAAGAUAAUCGACUUACCAAGUGUCCCAUGUGCCAGCAAAACCACUUAUUGUACCACUGCGAUAAAUUCAAGGAAAUCCCUACAAAUGAGAGAUGGCAAUUUGUGAAAAAUAAUCACCUCUGUUUUGGUUGUCUUCGUGCCGGCCAUAAUUCAUUUAAGUGCAAAAAUAGACGUCAAUGUGGUUUGUCAAAAUGUGUUAAAUAUCACAAUCGUUUAUUACAUGAAGAUUUAAAAUUGAAAAGGGAUGAAAAUAACAUAGUUGAUUGCGAAAGUAGCAACACUAUUGCAUGUUAAC